CGUUUUGAACUUUGGUUCAGAGGAAUAAUUUAUUUAGUUUUGUUGGGACAUGGUGAUUUGCUUCCGGCUCCAGCUCAGAACAUUCUAUACAGUGCGUAAAGGUGCCAGUGCCCGACAGUAGUAGAACCUGGAAAGAUUUCCUCGUACAGCAGUGACCGUUUAAAUCCUGCCCCACCACCCACCGAGUUCAUUCGCGAUCAUUGCGAUCGAUCAUAUGUUUUAUGUUGCGUUUUAUGCAAUUGUUAUUGCGAUGCUGUAAGCACACACAGUAAUUGACGAUCCUGUUAUGCUGAAACCAAAAACGAUUGAAAUUUAAAGAGUGGAAAAGUGAUUAGUGAAAAAAUAUUUCGAAUUGAUCUUCCUAUCUUAAGUUGAAUGAACUGCGAUCGCAAUUUGUGACCAAGUGGCCAGGCCCCCAGCGUUAGAUUCGCCAGUGCAAGCUGCAAUAAAUAGAAGUGCGUGGUGGAGGAGGGUGUCGUGCAAAAUACCUUUAUUGGUGGCCGCUGCUGCUGUGAAUGGAGCAAAGUCCGCGCGUCAGCGACCCUUUUACCAAAGCAGAUAAGCGGUUGGCGCACCUCCCGGGCGGCUCAGUGCGCAAGCGACCUCCAACGACGACGGCUAGGCCUAAUCACUCUUAGGGGCCAGCUACAAACAGUGAGUGGUUUACGCGUGUUUUGUGAUCACAUCGCAUAAGAGCAUUACCCCCGCCCCCUCCCUCGCCCACUAGUUAAUUACGAUCUGUGGUGCACCGCAAUUGCAACAUGCCAGCAUCGAGUGUGAAUAAAGAUCUGCAGGCCGAGCGGGCCAAGUGUAGCUUCGACAAGAACGAGUUCACGCUCUGGUGGGUUGGUGGCAGCGACAAGCUGAAGGAGAAGAAUGAUCUAGAGAAAUUUCUCGAAAACGAUCCGGACUUCCACAACACCACGCCGACACACUUUCUUUCGCACAAGGAACUGUACGAAGAAACGAUCCGCCAGUCGACGGCCAUUUUCCGGAAGGUGCGUAAGUUCCACGAGGAUCGUGGCAAUGGUGACCCAUCGAACUACAUGGCCAUCCUUGGUGGGCUGCUGGGAAAUGGCAUCAUCCGGCAGGGUAAUCCGUUGGGUAUUCAUUUUGCAAUGUUCGUACCGGCCCUGCUGGGUCAUGGAUCGCCGGAACAGCAGGCCGAAUGGCUGCCCCGGGCCCUGAAGUGUCAGAUACUUGGUACGUACGCCCAAACCGAGCUCGGACACGGUACGUUCCUGCGCGGACUGGAAACCACGGCGACGUACGAUGAACGGACGCAAGAGUUUGUUCUAGCUAGUCCGACGCUGAGCUCGUACAAAUGGUGGCCAGGAGGAUUGGCACAUACGGCCAACUAUUGUGUGGUGAUGGCCCAGUUGUUCUCGAAGGGUAAGUGCCACGGAAUCCAGCCGUUUAUCGUGCAGCUGCGUGACGAGGAGACGCACAUGCCGUUGAAAGGCAUCACGAUCGGAGAGAUUGGCAAUAAGCUCGGUAUGAACGGAGUGAAUAAUGGGUUCUUGGGAUUCACCGAGGUGCGUAUUCCACGCAAGAACAUGCUGAUGAAGAACGCCAAACUGCUGGAGGAUGGUACGUUCGUGAAGCCCCCAUCGCAAGCCCUUACCUACGGUACGAUGAUGUUUGUACGGGUUAUCAUCGUCCGUGAUACGGCGAUACAUCUGGCCAAGGUGGCAACCAUAGCCGUACGAUAUUCGUGUGUCCGUCGCCAGAGUCACAUCAAUCCGGACCAACCGGAGGUACAGGUGAUCGACCACCUAACGCAACAGUACAAGCUGUUCCCCACAAUCGCACGGAGCAUCGUGUUUAAGCUGGCAGCGGACAAUCUGUGGCAGAUGUACAACCAAGUAACGGCAGAGCUGGAUCAGGGUAAUCUGGAGCGAUUGCCAGAACUGCAUGCGAUCGCCUGCUGCCUCAAGGCGGUCACUACGGCCGAUGGUGCCAAGAGUGUGGAAGUGUGCCGCAUGGCAUGCGGUGGCCACGGAUAUAUGACUUGUGCCAACUUUUACAAUAUAUACGGAUUCGUAACGGCCGCAUGUACAUACGAGGGGGAGAAUACUGUGCUACUUCUGCAAACGGCCAGAUACCUAGUAAAGGUAUGGAACCAGGCGAUCAAGGGACAACCAUUGGGCCCAACGGUUCAGUAUCUAGCCAGCUUCAUUCAAAGCAAGACCAACCGCCACCCUUGGAUCGAUACGGUACCGGGAAUCGUCAAGGCACUGCAAACGGUAGCCGCUGGUAAAUUGCGCCUUGCGUUCGAACAUAUUGAACAGCGCAAGAAGGCUGGCUACACGCACGAGGAAGCGGUCAAUCUGACCGCCCUGGAGCUUACUCAAACGGCCGACGCUCACUGUCGAGCCUUCCUCGUACAGUCGGCGUACGAAAUGAUCGAGAAGCUGUGCCAAACUGCAGCAGCUCCGUUCGCGAAGAUGAUGCGCUCGAUUUGUGAACUGUACGCCUACAACGAAGCCAUUGAGUCAAUCGGAAGCUUAGUGCGAUUCACAACGAUCAGCGAAAGUGACAUCAACAGACUGCAGGUGAAGCUGGAGCAAACACUGCUGGCCAUCCGACCGAAUGCAGUUAGCAUUGUUGAUGCGUUCGCCAUACCGGACGUCCUGCUUGGGUCUCCGCUCGGUGCAUACGAUGGUAACGUGUACGAGAAGCUUUACGAGGAGGCCAAGAAAAGCCCUCUGAACCAGGAGCCAGUCAACAAAUCGUUCCAUUUGUAUUUGAAACCAUUCAUGCGCUCCAGUCUGUAGGUGCGGUUAAGAUGAUCACAUUCCCGAUGGUGCUAGUUUACAGUUUUGUUAUCUACUUGGGGGCUAUGGGCAAUUGUUAAUUUGUUGUACAAAGAAUAAACCGUAUUUUAACCGCGAG